AUGAUUAUUUGCUACAGCGACAUAAAGUGCGCUACCGCAGAAGUUACUACGAACAAUUUGUUACUUUGCAUCUCCUUGUAUGUCUAUCAGAAACUCACACGUAUACAUACACGUACACACGUACACAGACACACGGACACACACAUACACACAUACAAACACACACACAUACAUAUAUAUAUACAUACGCAUAAAUACAUAUGUGUGUAUCCAGCACACAUCUACAUGGAUGUGUGU